ACGCGGAAGUAAACAGCUACGCAAGAGUACAAACUCCAAUAACUAUUAUUUUAAUCGAAUUUUGUCAUUGGAAAUUUAUGCAGCGCUCACCGUUGCGGAUUUAUAUUUUACAUUUAGUCAUUUACCAGACACUUUUAUCCAAAGCGAAACAUAGCAACCUAUCUGUUAUAUAGAUUAUAAUGAUUAAUUAUCGUGAUAAAAUAGCUUUACCUAGCCGUUAGUGUCUACUACAGCAAGUCAUUAGGGAGUAUGAAGUCUUUCAAGUCUCCAGGGCGUCAUGGUUAUGCGGUGGAAAUAUCUCCUUUUCUACCUUCUACACUUGCCUGUGCUUCAUCUCAGUACUACGGAAUAGCAGGGUGUGGGACACUUCUUGUGCUGGAGCAGAGAGAGGCAGAUGUUGCACUUGUGAGGAGUUUUGACUGGAACGAUGGGCUCUUUGAUGUGACAUGGAGCGAGAACAAUGAACAUGUGCUGGUGACAGGAGGAGGUGAUGGAUCUUUGCAGAUCUGGGAUAUGGCCAACCCUCAAGGUCUUCUUCAAGUGUUGAAAGGGCACACUCAAGAGGUCUAUGCAGUAGACUGGAGUCAGACAGGGGGAGAGAACAUGGUGGUAUCAGGAUCAUGGGACCACACUGCCAAAGUUUGGGAUCCAGAGAGAUGUCAGCUGGUGGGUACCCUGCAGGGUCAUGAGGGAGUGAUCUACAGCACCAUCUGGUCUCCUCACAUACCUGCCUGCUUUGCUUCAGCCUCAGGAGAUGGGACACUGCGAGUAUGGGAUGUGAAGGCGGGAUCUUGCAAGUUGGCCAUUCCUGCACACAAGGCAGAAAUCCUCAGCUUUGAUUGGUGCAAAUACGACCAGAAUGUUCUGGUCACAGGAUCCGUGGACUGCAGUCUACGUGUAUGGGACCUGCGAAAUGUCCGGCAUCCUAUAGCUCAGAUGAUGGGCCAUUCCUACGCUAUCCGCAGAGUAAAGUUCUGCCCUUUUUACAAGACUGUUCUAGCAUCCUGCUCAUAUGAUUUCACAGUCAGAUUCUGGGACUACUCCAAGAACCAACCGCUGCUGGAGACACUGGAGCACCACUCAGAGUUUGUUUGUGGCCUGGAUUUCAACCUGCACAUCCCUAACCAGAUUGUGGACUGCUCUUGGGAUGAGACCAUAAAAGUGUUUACCCCUUCAUGUCUGGCUGCUCUAUAGAGCUCGCUCCGCCGUAUAAAGGUCAUACCGCAAGGCACAGGGGAGUCGCUCUUCUGUUUCAAUAACAGGUGCUGAGUUUGCCAAGAUUUCACUGCAGUUUUCCAAAUGACGCUAUUAAAGGAGAACACAAGGGAUGCAUCAGGAGCAGUUCAUCGGGAGCCUGCUACAGAGGAGGAGGGAAGCCCUGUUACUAGGAUGUUUCAUAAGUGUAAAAUAAAACUAAAAAAGUGAAUAUACCUUAAAAUGGGAAUGCAUGAUUGUUGCCUAAUGUUCAUUGCCCUGCUGGAAACCAGCCUAAACUGGUUAACUGGUAUUAGCUUGUAUAAGCUGGUGACCCAGCCUAGCUAUGCUUGUCUAGCUGGUCUCCCAGCCUGGCCAGCUAAAAAGGCCCCCAAACCUCUCUAAAACCAGGCCGACUGACCAGACUUGGUGGCCAGCAAACCAGGCUGGUUUUAGCUGUUUUUUUUUUGUUUGUUUUUUCAGAAAGGUUGUAGCUUAUUUAGUGCAUAAUAUGCAUUUAUAUUGUCUUCCCCUUUUUAAGCUGAUGUGAAUAAAUCAAUGCAAUCUGUCAGUCUCAA